GGGAAAUGGCGGGGGCGACGGGAAGCAGGAGUCGCCGCGCGCCGGGCUCUCCCGCUGCUGCCUCUUGGGGCGCGGCGGCGCUGCCCGCGCCCGUUACCAAGCGACCGAGGCAAACGGCCCGCCGCGGCCCCGCGCCGCCAUGGCCGGGCAGCUGCGGCCCGUGUACGAGGGGAAGUUCACCGACAGGUUUCCCCAGCUCCCGGCCGCUGGAAAGUUGGUUCCGACUGGCGAUACGGCUGCAAGUUGCCUCACUGAGGUUUUACCCAGGCCAAUUACUCCAAAUAUUGUGAGAAAAUUUCGAAAUACAACAAAUCCAGCUCCUGGUGUGGAAAGAAUAUUCUAUGGCAGAGCAGAUGAUCCAGAUAUUGCAACUCACUUGACACAUGGUAUUGGUUCACGUUCUUCUCUUGCUGCAGCCUUGCUAAUAAAUCCACUUCCUAAAACUAAUUUUCAACAAAAAAUACAAGACAAAAAAGAAGCAGUCUACUUCAGUAAUCGUUGGGCAGCCUUGGGCAGAUCACAUGAUCAAACUCCUAUGUUACCCAUGGGCUUGGAUAUAUCUAAUACCACGUUUGGAAGAACAGUCGUCCGAGAUGUGUCAGGUGGAGAACUUAUAAAUCCACCAAAAACUUUUGAGGAAGUGGAUAAAGAAGCCAGAGAAGGACAUGAUCUGUACAUCAUGUCACACAAUGAUUAUUAUGUUGGGGAAGCAAUAAACAGAAAAUAUGACUCACCAAAUUUCAAUAGGUCAUGUGUUUUUGGAAAAGAACCCCCUCACUUUGAAGAUGGACGAAAUGUAUCCAGAUCCUUAAAUUGGCUCUUGGAUCUACAGUCAAAGAAGGCAUCAAAAAUUGUAUCCAAACGAAGUGAUGAUUUCAAGGAAAAGUUUCAACCUCAGCUUGGAAAAGUCCUUGAUCCUAUAGCAGAAACUAUGAAUGUUUCCCCAGGCCAUACAUUUGGAAUGUUACUCCAUCCAGAUGAAUAUGGAGUUGGUGAUCUUCUUCACUGUAGGGUUCCUAGUGAAUUCCUCCGUGGUAAAGACCAAGAGAGAGCUGUUCUUACUGCAGUUCGGCAAAAUUUGAAGAAAGCUAACUACCACAAUUUUGACACAUUACUAGAAGCAUUCAGGCAUUAUGAUAAGAAUGGUGAUGGGAUGAUAGACAAAGAUGACCUGAGGAAGUCCUGUUUUCAGCUUAAUCUGAAUAUAGAUGCUGAGCUCCUGGAUGCCUUGUUUGACUAUUGUGAUUUGGAUAAAGAUGGUCUGAUUAACUAUUUGGAAUUUGCAAACUUCCUGAACUGGAAAGAUAAAAUGGCUGUUAAAGAGUUUGAAGAAAAAAUAAUUACAAAAGGGAUAAAACCAGAUACUUCUGCACCUGCUCUGCCUGAAGACAAAAAGACAGAUGAUGAACCACUGUUGAAGCAGGAAGAUCUUGUGUUAAAAGAACCAGGAAGCUCAGAAAAGACACCAAAAACACUUACAAGACCAACAGAUCACGUGUUUGCAGAUUAUCAGACAACUUCAUCUCAGUAUAAUGCUGUAGCAGGUAGUCUCCCAACAGCCUAUUAUCCAGUGUGUGGUGUUCCAACCAUUCGUUCAGAUAUUCCUGCUCCUCGAAUUCGCCGCAUUAGUGACAGAGCUAAUUAUGGUGAUGAAGGCAAUGCUUAUGCAUUAUUGUGUCCUUCUGUCUUCAGUCAAAAAGGAGUAUAUGAAAGAGACUUUUUCAAAACAAGACCAAAGGCAGAGAUUGAGCAAAUUCUCCACAAAAUUGGUAUGAACAUUUCGGAUGAAAACUUUGAAGAGAUAUGGAAGCAAGCCUGGAGGAAACAUCAGAGGGGAGAGAUUUGUGUAGAAAGCAUCAGGAAUGUAUUGGAUGAGAUACAUGCAUCACACAAAAAGCAGUAGCUAAUGCUAGUUUUGGGGCAUUGCGCUUCUUUACACUAACAUCAGUUGUAUUUCUGGUGCUGAAUGCAAUAAAUAUUUUAAAUAUGUUGUAUUUACAAAAUUGGAAUUCACUAUUUAUCAUCUUUCUCAACAGUGGGUUGACUACAAAUAUAUAUGAAUCUGUUUCUACUACCACUGAAGUUGGUAGGAACUGAUGCCCAUAGGAAUAAAAGAGGAUACAGUAUGUUAGUAAAUGGAAUCCAACUAUUUCAUAUUAUUUAUUGUUUUUACAGUAUUUCUAAGUCUGAAUCAUUAUAUUUUGAGCAUGGACACUUUUUAAAUUUUGGAAUUCAGUUUUUUCUCUUAAAACCAAGAGGACAUUUCUGAAAGUACUUAAAAUAAAUGUUAGUCAUGCAAGACGUCUUAAAGGUUAUUAUUAUAGAGUGGUGCCUGGCUUUGCUUUUAAUGUUCCAGAAUUCUUCACCAACAAAUGGUAGCUAACAGAGAUCUGGUUAUGAUAAGUUAUUUGAUAUUUUUAAAGGUCUGUGACAACAUGCUUUACAAUAGGAUACUAGGGAAACUACGUAGUCAUGGAUAUGGGAUCUAAAGUGGUGUUGUGAAAUAGACUCUGUAAGAAUCAAUCCAUUAAAAGGUGCAAAAAUAAAUGCCCAAUUUUAUGGCAGAGUGUUCAGAUACUGUAUGGCACCUUACGGCUUUUAGGUAGAGUUACUGAACACUCAUAAUUGAGAAAAAAGAAUGAAUAUUUAGAGGCACGUGACACAUUAGAUAAAAUCUUAGGCUAGAUAAAGUCAGAAAAGUUUUGGAGGGCUUUCAGAGAGCUGACUGUUCACCAGUGACCAAUACAAUUUUUUGGAGGAAUGAUGUUCAUAGACAAGGAAGAUUUGAACAUCAUUACAGAAAUCUCAAUGCAUAUAUGAAGUAAAAUAAUAAUAAAUAUUGGAAA